UCAUACAUACAAAAUCCCCACUCAACCCACUAUUCAUUCAGCUAGAUGCUUUCCCACUUUCUCCCUCUCCCUCUAAUAUAUAUUACCUAACAUACCAUAUCACCAUUGACUAUCAUCAUAUUAUUCUCUAAUCUCAUCUUCAAAUCACAACAAACAAAUAUUUUUCUUCAAAAAAUAAAUAAAAUAUAGGAAAACAAAACAUUUUAUCAUAGUAUAGUAUAUGCUAGUAAUAAUUAUUUCCUACCUACAAUAACAACAAUAACAACAACAGCAACAUUUUUAAUUAUUAUUAUAAUUUUUUUUGUUCAUCAUGGAUGGCAACAACAACAGCAACGUUUCUGCAGUUCCACCAGCACCACCACCUAUACAAAUUCCUAAUGCAGUCACUUCUUCAUCUACAUCUGCACCAACAACUCCUUCAUCUCCGGCAACAACAGGAGUCCUCGGGGUACGAUACCGAGGAACGCGUUGCCGGAGUGGAAAAUGGGUAUCUGAAAUACGUGAACCACGUAAAACAAAACGCAUUUGGUUAGGAACAUACCCUACAGCUGAAAUGGCUGCAGCUGCUUAUGAUGUUGCUGCUCUUGCUUUAAAAGGACCUGAAACAACUCUUAACUUUCCUGAUUCAAUUCCUUCUUACCCUAUUCCUGCUUCAUUAUCUUCAACUGAUAUUCGUGCUGCUGCUGAAGCUGCUGCACAAACCAGAAUCAUCAAACCGAUGAUUAGUCCUAAACAAGAACAACAACAACAACAACAACAGAACCCUUCAUCUUCUGGUUUUGAAGGAUCUUCUUCUUCAGCAGCAGCUAGUGGAGUACCACAAGAAUAUAUUGAUGAGGAUGAGUUGUUGAAUAUGCCAAAUUUGUUGGAUGAAAUGGCUAUAGGAAUGCAGGUUAGUCCACCAAGGAUGAGUUCAUUUUCUAAUUAUUCUUCCGAUGAUUCACCUCGCAAUUCUGAUCAUGGUGGAGAUAAUCUUUGGAGUUACCAUUUUUGAUGAAUACAGCUAGACUAAUUAAUAGUAAUUCAUUUUUCGAUUUGUUUUUGAAUUUGGAUUUAUGUGUGUACGGAACAUCUUGAUUUACCCUUUUUUUUUCUUUCUAGCUAACAAGCUAGGUAUGGACUUUUGAUUGAUUGUGUUUGCUUUGUUGUUAAUUUUCUGUAGCUGAUCUUGGAUUCAUGUGUAUAUAUAAGGUUGGAUUAGGUCAUUUCCAUUUCAUCAUAUUCAUCACUCAUACCACAGAUUUUUAAUAUUUUAGGGAAUAAUGAUCUGAAUCUGAUACAAUUCCGUACAAUUUAUCAGUUUGGGGGGUUAAUAACCUAGCUAGCUAGAUAUCUAUAUUUGAUUUGAGUGUGAAAAGAUUCAACUUAUGAUUCUGGAUCUUCUUUUUUGUUACAUUCUAUCAAUAUAUAUGAUUUCAUGAUUUGAUGAA